AAGAAAAAAAUAAUAAUAAGAAAGAAAGAAGGAAGGAGAAAGGAGAGAGAAAGAACAGAAGAUUAUCAAAGGAUGACAACCCAAAUGAAUGAGCUUCAUGAUCAAAUGGCUCUUAUCUCCCAAAUGUAUCCUGGCGUAUACUCUCAAAUUGCACCACAGCAAGCAGGGGAAUCAAAGCCUCGACGGCGACGGAAGAAGAAUAAAGGAGGGGAGAACAGCCUGUCUGGGGCUAAAAAAAGGAAGCUUAGCCAGGAACAAGUUAAUCUUCUUGAACUUAAUUUCGGAAAUGAACAUAAACUUGAGUCUGAAAGGAAAGACCGGCUUGCUUCAGAGCUGGGACUUGACCCUCGUCAGGUUGCUGUUUGGUUCCAAAACCGAAGAGCUCGGUGGAAGAACAAGAAGCUGGAGGAAGAGUAUAGUAAGAUGAAGACAGCCCAUGAGGGUGUUGUUCUAGAGAAAUGCCGUCUUGAAUCCGAGGUUCUAAAGCUUAAGGAGCAACUUUGCGAGGCAACGAAAGAAAUCCAACGGCUGGGGGAACGAGUAGAUGGGGUUUCAAGUAAUAGUCCAAGCUCAUCAGUGCUGUCAAUGGAAGCCAUGGAUCCACCUUUUCUAGGGGAGUUUGGAGUAGAAGGAUAUGAUCAAGAUGUUUUCUACAUAGGAGAAAACAGCUAUAUUCAUGGCAUGGAGUGGAUGAAUCUGUAUAUUUAA